AUCUCAUCGUCUAAACGACACAGAUAUUUGGAAAUGUGGUGGACUUCCCCUUUAAGUCCAUCCGCGUGGUGUGUAGAUCUGCGGCGAGUGGGUGAGCGAGGCAGCAAAGGGAGACGUCAGAACCAGGAACCUCUUCGUUUACUCGAGUACGCAGAAAGAGAAAGAGGCAGAAAAGAAGCAGAAGUGAAUCUCGGUGGAAACGCCCUGUGGCCUGUGGAAAAGAUGGCAUCGAGUUUGCCCAUGGUGAACGGGGACCUCACUUCACCCCUAGGGUCCCACAGUCCAGGCACUUCUCAUGUAGAGGAGACCCUUCAACAGAUGAACAUCCUCAUCAAGGAGAACAGGGAGCUGAAAGAAGCUCUCAAGCAGACCAACCUGACGAUGAAGGAGAGGUUUGAGGGUCUGACCUUGUGGAAGGAAAAGCAGAAGGAGGAGAGAAACUUUCUGGAGAGUCGGCUUGAGGAGGCGAGGGAACGAGUGCGUGCUCUGGACGCUGAAAAUGAGCUGCUCAAGAAACGAGUGCAGGAGCUGGAGAGCCAUGCAGCUGCAGGAGAGGGUGAAGGGGCUGGUGUACAGGCCAAGCUGGAAGCGCUGAAGAGUCAGAUCGCCCGUCUGCAGGCUGAGAAGAGCGACUUGGUGGCUAUGAACUCUGAGCUCCAGCUGAAGAUGGGCCAGGGAUCACCAGAAGACUCCUUCAUUGAGAUCCGCAUUGAAAAGGGCGAGAUGAAUGUGACCAAAGACUUGCCUGUUAUCCAUAAAGAGUCCUCCGCAUCCAGCACGGCCAGGUGUGACUUGCCCAUGCCACGGCCGGAGUCAGAGGAGCAGACGGUGAGGCAGCUCCUGCAGUCACUGAGACAGGUGACUCAGCAGAAAGAGCAACUGCAGCUUCAACUUCAGACUGCAUCGAAGAGGAUUGCAGAAUUGGAGCUGCAGCCACUCAACACUGAGAGUGAAACACAGACAUCUUUGCCAUGUACCAGCACAGCAGAUACACAGACCAAGAGCACUGAGGAGGACACAGCCAAGUCGGCCUCUGAGGUAGAGAAUAUGAAGGCUCAGAUGAUGAGUCUGUUUAAAGAGCUGCAGCAGGCUCAGAGUAAACUGGAUGAGGCGGAGAACAUGAAGAAGAGCCUCCAGGACAGGUGUAAGGAUCUGGAGCAGGAUCUGACCGUGCUGAAGACUCAGCUGGGGGAGAGGCAACAGAUCCAGGCUGAGAAUGACAAGCUGAAGGUGCAGCUGGACAGCAUGCAGGCUGCCGUCAAACUGGAACAGAAGAAAGCUCAGGAUGAGAAGAAUAGUCUGGCGCAGCUGAAGGAUGCUUACACCAAACUGUUUGAGGAUUAUAAUGAACUCAAGGAGGAGAAUAAGAAAAAGGAGGACUUUGUAUCUUCGGUGGAGUUCGAAGAGCUUCAGGGCAGACUGGCGGCAGCGGAGCAGGCUCUGGCAGACAAACAGCAGAAGAUUGAUGAGAUGAAGCAGGAGAUCUUCCAGAAGGAAAAAGACCUGGAGACCAUCUCUGUCUUUCAAGCCCAGGCGGAGGUGUACUCCUCAGACUUCUAUGCAGAACGAGCAGCACGGGAGAAGAUUCAUGAGGAGAAAGAGCGUCUGUCUGCUCAGCUGGAGUUUGUGAAGAAACACAACAGCCAGCUGCAGGACGAGUUGGAGUCUCUGGGCAGGCAGUCUAUGAGUGAGCUGCAGAGGAGACAUGUGUCUCGUGGGGCUAAUCCAGGGGGCUCCUCACCACACCAGUUGCAGGGAGGCAGAGUUGACUGGCAGCAGCAGGUGAAUAUACCAGAGCACGCGUGUCCUAAGUGUGGAGAAGUCCUACCAGAUCUGGACACGCUGCAGAUCCACAUCAUGGACUGCAUCAUCUGAGUCUGUUGCUCAGCAACCACACUGGCCCGUCACUAUUCCUCCUUUUGAUCACUCAGUUCGGAUGGAUGGGCUGAUCAUAACAUCCAACAACGCACGUAUGGUAAAAACUCCCAGCGCUCAAAUCUAAUGCAAUCUCCGUAGAGGCUCCUACACCAUUCAUUCUAAAACUGCUCGGCUGGACUUUAAUCUCCUGAAGACGGACUUGAUUUUGAGCUAUACUUAUCUAUAGAUUGCCGUUCAUGAUCAGAAGGUAGUUUACGUGUAACAGGAAAACUAUCUGUUGGUAGCAUAUUUAUACCAACAGUUAUUAGCCAGUUAAUUUAUAUUGGUGUGAAUGCAGGUGUUUCAGUAUGAAGGGUGGAUUAAGCUUUAAAAAUCUUUUUUUUUUUAUAAACAAUGCACUUUAACAAAUUAGGUUUUCAUACUAUUGUAAGCAGGGUAUUGUCCUUUAUUGCUAACAGAACAGUGUUGCAUAGUGGAGGUAUAUGGUGCAUACUGUGCAUUAUACUCUGGCUACAUACAUACAGCUGUGAAGUGUAACUCUGUAAACACAAAUACAAUUUAAAAAAUAAAAAAAACAAUAAGAAUCA